AUGCACGCCUCCAUCGCCGCCGCCUCCUCGCGCGCCGCGCUCCCGCCGCGCUCUUUCGGCCGCCGUCGCGUCGGCGUCGUCCGCGUCGUCGUCGCAGCCUCCGUCGACGUGGCAUCAUCAACACCAUCAUCGUCGUCGAGCGCGCGACGAUCGCGCGCCGUCGUCGUCGCGCCGCGGACGCGGACGCGGACGCGAACGUCCGCGCGCCGCGUCGUCAUCGCGACGCGCGCGGCCGGCUCCGACUCGGAGGCGUCGUCGAACGCCGCCGCGGCGUCCCUCGCCUCCUCCGCCGACGACGCGUCGCGCGACGACGCGGCGUCGACGACGCCGACGACGGCGCUCAUCGCCGCGACCGUCGCGUUCGCCGCCGCACUCUCCUCCCCCGCGGACGCGCUCGCGGCGGCGGCGUCGGCUUCCUCCUCCUCCCCCUCCGAGCUCGCGACCGUCGCGGCGGCGUUCGGCGGGUUCCACCCGGGGGAAUGGCUCACCGCGUCGUGGGCCGCCGUCGCCGGCGCGCUCGCGUCGCCCGAGGCGAAAGAGCUCUGGAUGUACACGCUCAAGACGCUCAUCUCUUGGGGCGUCCCCGCCGCGGUCGUCGGCGUCGUCGCGUUCGCGGUCAUCGCGUCGUCCCGGCGCGGCAAGGACGGCGUGGGCGGCGAGAAGAGGGGCGGCGGCGGCGGCGUGUUCGGGUUCCUCGGCGGGAAGGGCGGCGGAUCCGGCGCGGAGCCGUCGCCGUUCGUCAUCAAACGUCUCAACGAUAAACUCGAUUCCUACGCGUACGCGUUCGGCGAAGCCACCGGCGGCGCGGAGGCGGUCGAGAUCGCGCGCAAGCGCGAAUCGUUCGGGAAGAAGUACGCGAGCACGCUGGGGAGGCUCACGGUGAAGGAGCGCGACGCGAUCGAUCGCGCGACGUCGACGUGGGCGAGGAAAGACGCGGCGUUGCGCGCGGAGAUGGCGUCGGCGGCGCGGCGGAUGCGCGCCGACGCGGCGCGAGCCGCGAACAAGGGAAGGAGCGACUCGGACGCGGACGCGGACGAAUCUCUGACGCCGCUGGACGACUUCCCGCUGUUGGACGAGGUCGAGGACGAGAUCGAGCGCGCCGCGCUCGCGGACGCGCGCGCGUUCGCCGACGCCGCCGACGCCGAGGCGAUGACGAAAUCCACCGACGAGGACGACGACGAAUCGCGUCGAAUCGCGUCGGACGGCGGAUUCGGAUUCAAGAUGCCGAAGCUGCCGUCGCUGCCCGGCGGCGGCGCCGCGAAGAAGCUCGCCGCGCUCGCCGCGAAGCGCGCGGACGCGGAGGCGGAGUACGUCAAAGCCGUCUCCGCCGCGUUGCCGUCGCACAAACGCGCGAGGCUCGCGAAACUGCUCUCCGAUCCGCGGAUGUCCCCGGGGUGGGAGGGCGACCGCGACCCGCUCGUGGUCCCGGAGGCGAGGCUCGCGCAGCGGGAUAAGCCGCACGUGUUCGUGCUGCAGUUCUUCGGCGACGUCCGCGCGUCGCAGGCGGCCAACUUGCGCGAGGAGGUGACCGCCGUGCUCCGCAACGCGAAGAGAUCGCGCGCGGACGAAGGACUUUGCCCGGCGCAUCUCUCCGCCCACACCUCGCUGUCAAUCCCCGCCCUCGACGCCUUUCAACUCCACCUGACGCCUUUCAACUCCACCCCGACAUCGCUUUGUAUGGAACGACCCGAAGUCGUCCUCGUCCUCAACACCGGCGGCGGGACCGUCACCGGCUACGGCCUCGCCGCCGCGCAGCUCACGCGGAUUCGCGACGCGGGCAUCAAGCUGACGAUCUGCGUCGAGCAAGUCGCCGCGUCGGGUGGGUACAUGAUGGCGUGCGUCGCGGAUCGCCUCGUCGCGUCGCCGUUCGCCGUGCUCGGGAGCAUCGGCGUCAUCUCGGAGGUGCCGAACCUGUACGAGCGCCUGAAGAAGGAGGGGAUCGAGUUCCAGACGAUAACCGCGGGGAAGUUUAAGCGGACGCUCACGCCGACGAAGAAGAUCGAGAAGGCGGACGUCGAGAAGUCCACGAGAGACAUCGAGGACGUGCUGACGCUCUUCAAAGGGUUCGUGAAGUCACAGCGGCCGGGGUUGGACAUCGACGACGUCGCGACUGGAGAGACGUGGUUCGGCGAAGACGCGAUGAACAAGGGGCUGUGCGACGCGCUGCAGACGACGGACGACGUGCUGCUGCAGCUGCUGAGCGACGGGAAGGAGAUCUUCUCGGUGAAGUACGCGCCGCCGCGGACGGGCGCGGCGGCGCUCCUCGGCGGCGCGGGCGCGGGCGUCGGCGGCGGCGGCGGGGGAUGGGGCGCGCUGCGAGCCGCCGCGCUCGGCGUCGCCGGGUUCGCAGCGGCGGCUGGCGGCGACGCGGCGGGGGCGUUCGCCGGGUCCUCUCUCGGCCUCGGCGGCGGCGGCGCGGGUAACGGUAACGGCAGCGUCAUGGCGGUCGACGGCGAGCGCGCGGCGGAGAAGGUGAUGGCGAGGGACGGGUACUACGCGAUGUGGGACGCGCCCUACGGCGACGACGCGGACGAGCUCGUGUUUUGA